UGUUAUAAAAGUGUGGGUUUAAGAUGGGAUAUAUUUGACCCUGUUACCAGCUGCAAUUGCGUCUGAACUUAAAGAAAAAUGAAUUUAACACUGUUGAUAACUUUGUCAGUUGCCCUUCAAUACGUUUCUGCAAGCAAUUCCUCUUCACAUCCCAAAGUAGAAAUUUUGCAGACUGCACAAUCACUAAUUGACUGCCUCGGUGUCCGCUUCACCUGGCUUCAGAUGCUGCUCGACAACUUCCCGGCCCUUUUUAAUUUCAUGCAGAAACUGAAGUGCACGACGAAGCUGUGCCCCAGAGAUUUGGAAGAUUAUGGCUGUUCAUGUAGAUACGAAGAGGAAGACAGGCCUAUUGAUGACAUAGACAGCUGUUGCUCUCAGCACCGUAGGUGUUACAAAGCGGCAGCUGAAAAGGACUGUAAACUACAGCCUGGAAGAAUUUUACUAAACACCACCUGCCCAGCUGGAAACAUCACUUGUGAUGCCUCUGAUUUCUGUGAGGAAUUCUUCUGCCUCUGUGACAAAGCUGUCAUUGAAUGCAUAGCUCACUCACAAUACAAUUCCUCACUGAGACACUUGGACAGCUCCUCUUGUCCAGUGACAUCAACAGAAUUUCCUGAUACCAUUGCUGUAACCAUUGUGGCCCUAACUGAAGCUGUUCCAGAGACUGGUGAUACAGAACCAACUGAUAUUUCCAUAGAGGUGACAGAGCCUGGGAAAAACGUAACCAUGCAAUCACCAGCUGUUUCUUUGGAGUUGAGCACUGAGAUUCAUGAACCAACUAUAACAAGUAAAGAGCCUUCUGCAAAACCAACAUUUACUCCAACAACACCACCAAGUCCGAUCUCCAUGCAAACUGCGAAGGGCAGUAGCAAACUUACAACAAAGGAAACGGACAGUUCACAGGAAUCUGAAACAGAAGGGUUGGAUUCACCCAUGUCAAAAGCUGUACCAUUUUUUACCUCAUUUCUGGAAGCAGCAGGCCUAAUUGAUUUACCACUGGAGCCUGACGUUGAAGAAUGCGGCGGUCACUCCUUUAACCAGUAUAGCUCCAGUGGCAGGAUUCGCCAGGAGAUGCCCAUUCUGGGUGAGAUCCUCCAUUGCCUGACUGGGCGGUGUCCACAUGAGUAUGAGAUGUAUGGCUGUUAUUGUGGACAGGAAGGAAGAGGUCGACCCAUGGAUGAACUUGACAGGUGCUGCUUCUUCCACCAGUGUUGUCUGGAACAAAUCAGGAUGUUUGGCUGUCGGGCAGAACGCAAGCUUAACAUCCAAGUCAGCUGUGACAAUGGGCAACCUGCAUGUGCCGGUGCCAACAUGUGUGACAAGCUCCAGUGCAUGUGUGACAAAGCCAGUGCAGAGUGCAUGGCGGGGGCCCAUUUCAACGAAACGGUGGCCGUCUUGCACAAGCAGAGAUGCCGUGGCAUGAGAGCACCCUGCAGGCGCCGGCCAUUGGGGAGUCGGCCCUUGGCCCCAAAGUCAGACGACUCCAGCGAGGAAGUACUGCAGGACAGUGGCGGACGCCAGCCAGCACCGGGAAUGUGGAGGCAGUCUAGCUCGCGCCUUGUGAGGCCUCUAAAUGUUGGCACCACACCUGCAGCCCAGACCACACGGAUGACCACAGAGGUGGGCCAGGGAGUGGAGGAACCCGAAGAGAAGACUGACGAACAUGUCCAGGCUGAGCUGGAAAAACAAACCACAGCAGCUGCCUGAAAUUCUAAACAGAAUGGCCACUUUAAGCCCCUUUUAUAGGCCACCGUAGGCUUCGUCGUCACCGGCACUGUAGUAACAAACAUACCACACCUUGUGGUAAACAAACUGUCAAUGGAUUCAAGUAAAGUAAAACGUCUAAAAAAAGUUUUUUUUUUAGAAAUGCUGCCCUAAUUUUAUAUAUAUAUAAAUUUAGUAUAUGUUUCCAGGAAAUGUAAAUCUAAUCAUUAAAUGUAACUUUAAAGUUUUAAUGUAGUAAUUAUGAAAAAAUAACGAUAUAUUCCUGUAGAUCAUAAACAUAAUUGUGCUGGACAAGAAAAUGACUUAAGGAAAACUGUUCAGGGAUACCUUCACUCAGCACAGAGCUCGUCAAUGAACAUCUUUAGCAAACACAGAAAACCGCAGCUGACACUGCUAAAUCCUUCUUCAUCAAAGACUUGUGCAUUUGAAAGUGGGAAUUCUGAAUCAAAUAAUUUUUUAAAUUUUGGUAAAUUCCCAUUUGAACCUAUACCGUCUGCUUGUGUUAGACAUUUGAUACAUAAGCAGCUGCCCUAAACCUCCAGAAUGAAUAUCAAGGGCAUGCUUUCCCAUAAGAAAAACGGUGAGCUGGAGGAAUCGGAUGAACAAGAUGUACCUUACACUACUAGGAACAAGAGAACCCGCUCAGCCAACACAUUACUCAGUACAGGUUCUCUUGCAAGGUUGUCCUUCUCAUGUGUGAGCAACAAAGAGGAGCUUGUUUGCUUUUGUGUAGCUACAGCAUUAAAAAGAAUAGCUUACCAAAAGAGUUACACAAUUUCUCUCUGCUUAGGAAAAGAAGGGUUUGUUGAAACCUCUUGAUGCCAGUUUACAUACUGUAAGUGGCACUACUCAAAAGUUAAAAAAAACAGGAUUUUGGGGUACAGAAGAAUUUUUGUUUUUGUUUUGCAUAUACUGUUUAUAAAGGUGUAGUGAAAAUAUGAAUAAGCAGUACCAAUUUAUUGAACAAACUACUUUUACAUACUAUACAGUACCUACUGACAGACCAAACUCAGAAAAUUGUUCAAUUUUUUUCCCCACAUAACAGCCUGUUGCUCCAAAAUCAGUACACACGUACACAUUGCUUUUUCACCAUUAUAAAACUUUAAUAUGCUUUUUAAAAUUUUCUUACAAUAUGCUCCAUCUUACACACAACUGAAAAAACACAGACUAUUUGACACAGUGGCUUUGCUUACAAUCCUAAUAAUUUCAAAAUAUGCAAAGCAGUAACAUUCCAGUGACUAUCAAUGCCACAAACACAUUUAAAAAAUAAGUGUCAAGACUAAAUGUAUUCAAUAAAAAUAUUCUCUGAAAUUUAUACCACAUGUAAGAAUAACCCACUUUCUAAAACAGCACUACAAGUACAAGUAUUAAUAUUGCAUGAAAAGCACCCAUUGCCUGGUACAGAAAUGCUCUGUGAGAAGCUGUGAUUAUGUUUUAAACUAGAUAUUCUUUCAAUGUGAACACCUCUCCCUUCAAGGAAAAUCAGCACCACUGAUAAUCUGUUUUGGUGGAUGCAAUACUGUUUCUAACUCUAUUAUAAUCAGAAAAACAAAAAGUACAGAGGCGAGUUUCAAAGGGUUAAUAUUGCACAAAAGUGGGCGAGGACAAAUGGACUAAAAAAAAUGUUGAAAAUGUUGGAACAGAUAUGCUCCAGUCCCGGAAAGCCGAUGCAUCUGCAGUUUUUUAAUCCAAGAGAAUUAUUAAUUAUAUAAAUCAGGUAAUUAUUUUAUUCAUUAUAAGAUUAAUUUGACCAGUAUACUGUAUUGCCUCAGCUCUUGCUUCAGCUAUGAAAAGACCUAGGAACCCUGUAGACAUCUCUCGCCUGGUUUUCAAUGUGACUGUUUUAUCUUGUACUUGCUUGAGUAAAUUCAACUAAAUUGCCCAUUUAGAUGAACAUCGUCAUUUUGCCUGUCAGCAAAUAAUUAUUUACAAGAAGAACAUACUGUAAUUUAAGGUCAAUAAUGCCAGGAAGUGGUGUGCUUAAAUUCUUUGUAUUUUUUAAGUGAGAUUUGAAUACAGAUAUUACAAGCUUGUGAAGAACAUUAUGUGAUUCUUUCACUAGAAGAAAACACUUAUUUCUAUUGUGUAUGUUUUUUUUAAUAAUUUGUAUCUCUUUGUGAGACUUAUUUUCAUUUUAGUUUGUUUUUGAAGCAAUGCUAGUUAAAAUAACAUGAUUCCAUGUCUUAAUAACCACAGCAUGUUAUAAAAUGCUAUGAGUCCAUUAAUAAAACUGAGAAAGCUGCCAAUAAAAUGUAACUCUA